AUGCUGCAGACCUAUAGGAAUCUCACAGCUACAGGCUACAUUUGGGGAGACCAUACAAUUGAAGAACAUUUUCAUAGACCUAGAAGACAUGGAAGGCAUGAAAGAAGUUGUACUGGAGAGCAACAAUCUGAAUUUUACCAAUGUGGUAAAGCCUUUGCAGGAAGCAGUGGUAUUGAAUAUCAUAAAAGAACACAUACAGGAGAGAAAUACCAUGAACGUAACCAAUGUGGUAAAGCAUUUGUACAAAACAGGAGUCUCCAAAUACAUAAACAAACACAUACAAGAGAGAAACCUUUUGAAUGUAACCAAUGUGGUAAAACUUUUUCAAAAAUCAAUAGUCUUCACAUACAUAAAAGAACACAUAGUUGA